AUGACCGAGAGUGGCAAGAGGGACGACGUCACGCUCUGCAUGAUGCUGGCGUGCGUGUGCCACUACAUCCCCAAUCCCACGGAUGCAACCGCGGACAGGCCCAAGUACCUCGGCGGGCAGGACGGCGACGCAUACAGCGGCGAGGUCGGCCCCACGAGAGGCCCCGGCCAGAAUGCCAGGUUCGCACGGGAGGAGCGCGACCAGACCGCGCAGCAGUGGGCAUGGCACACCUGGAAGAAGAACGAGGAGAUCACUUACGCCUCUGACGUGGUCUGGCUGUGCAGGUUGGUGUUGGAGGAUUGCCUGCUUGUAUCAUCCGAUGACAACAGCGAAGGGAUCAAUUCAAAGGGUAUGCGGGAUCUUUACGAUAAGAUCAAGACAGCCUACACGCCCGUCCUGAUCCUGCCCAAGUGGGUGCCUAUUUUGGACACAGACGAAGACGUGCCCGACAGGCUGGGACUCAUGGUUGGGACGAUCACCCCAGAAAUAGCGGGCCAAGGCAAGGAUGCUUGCGUAUCCUGCAAAGCGGAUACCACAAAGGGGGCCCUCAGCGUAUUCGAGACAUUGGCGAAUGCGGUGAUCGGGACGAAGGAUGAUUUGGAAGAGCCACCUGAGACGAAGAAAGAGGGUGAGGAGGAACAAGAGGAAGAGGAGUUCAAGCCAGAGGAGAAGGAAGUCCAGGUCCGGCUGCUGUCGAGGCCGAAGCCCAUUUGCGAGGCUGACGUUCUCGCCUGCGACAAGGACAGCCUGGAGAGGUACGACAACCAGCUGUCCAUGGAGGAGGCGGAGCACGUGCAGUGCAUCCUCACGGCCCCGAGGCUCUGCAUCCCGCUGCUGGUGCAGUGGUUCGCACAGGACCGCCACGGCAAGCUGCUGCAGGACAGCCUGCGGGCCGUCUUCCACAAGGCCCUGUUCGAGCCAGGAGAGUUCCUCACGCAGAAGGAGCAGGAAUCCAUCUUCCUCGGCCCCGAGUCUGGAGACCUCAGUGUGCCCCUGCAGCUGCCCGAGAAGCCGAAGAAGGGCACGCAGGCAGACGAGGACAGGCACGUCUGGGGGCGGUACACGGAGUACUACCGGGCGCGAGCCAAGUUUGGGACGGUGCACGGCCGGUUCUUCGAGGAGCUCCGUGGCCCUGCAUGCAAGGAGCUUCUCGCAAAUUGGAAUCGAAUAGCUUACGGGGCCAGCACGCUGUCCAAGGACAGCUACAGGGCCGCAGCCAUCAAGCUCGUGGAGUACUUCUGCCGGGUCGGCUGCGAGGUGGCCCAGAUGUGCAGGCAAUGCGACCUGCACCUUGGGGAGUGCAAGGAAGAGUACGACGAUAUGGUCGAGUGGCUAGGGGUCAUCUGCGUGCAGCACCUGCACACGUACAUCUCCAAGGUGGAGGCCGACCCCGACUUGGACGGCACCGACCGCCAGGCGUACCUGAACCGCUUCCAGCGGCUUUUGCUGACGCUCUCGGAGUGGAAUGUCAGUAUGGCGGAGACACCGGCCAGCGUGGGGAAGCAGAUGGCCCUCCGCGGCAAGGACACACAGACGGCCGAGGAGAAGAAAGCCUACGACAACUACUCGCACCUGAUAUACCAGCACAUGCUGUCGGCAGCGUGGCUGUCUAGCCAAGACACGCCCUACGUGGUGGAGGCGUCCAUGUUUCGUUCGCGCCCGAAGAGUGGCGGAUUUGGGCAGAGGAUCGGACACGGAAGGUCGACCAGCUUCUGGCGCAGAUCGUCACGAUGGCGCGCGGGCGUACCUUUACCGCGUGCCUCCCGGUUCCCGAGUGGGGCCCGAAGUGGUCGCCGACGAAGAGCAUCGAUCCGAUCUGCCAGCAGACCUUCGACUCGGAUCAUCCGAUGA